ACUGUUAUUUAUCCUUUAUUCCGCCGUACACUCCUUGUUCUUGUGUAAACGCGACGCGUGACGAGGUGGCAGUUGGUUUCCGCCAGCCGACUAUCACUAGGCCACUAGAUCCAAAUAUUCACGCAGUGCAACGCAUCCUAACGACUACUCACGGCGUACAAUCUUUCUCAUAUACCCUCACGACCUUUUCAACUUUCCUAUCUUGAUUCCGUCUAUCCUUUUCACAAUGUCUGCAGAAGUCGGCUCGAAGCCGAAGAUGGCUCCCAGGAGCUCCUCCAUUAAACAAUUCUCAAGUUUUCUCACCGGGGUUAUGCACAGCGAUAGCAAGGAGGGCGAGAAGGAGAAGAAAGAUGUUAAGAAGACCAAAGACUCUGUUUCACGACGUACCAGUCUUGCCCCUCGGCCGUCUUUAGAUAGGCAGGUCGGAGGGAAAGCCGAUAAAGAUAUAACUCCCGAGAACAAGACGAUCACCAAAGCCAGUCGACGACUCUCCGGGUUACCGAAGCCUGGGCAUGCGUCUUCAGACGAGAAAUCGUCCUCCUCAGCGAUGAGUCCUAAACUCACCAUCACUCGUGCUUCAUCUCUGCGUCCCAAACCCAGGGUUUCUGGAUCUGCUUUGCCAAAACCAAAGUAUAGACCCAAGUCCGAACUUAUUGAACCCAAGAAACCGCCAUCCCCAGUACGAACGGGUACUCGCCGUCGUUUGAGUAGCUCGGACGACGAGGGAGAUGAUGACAAUGACAAGCCCAAACCUCCCCUACUCCAUCUCGACAUCUCAUCGUUGACCGAUAAGCGGGGUAGACCUAUCAGUCCGAUGCCUCAUCGCAACGCGUUGAAGGUCAAUGUCACUCUCAACACACGACCUGUUACCCCAGAGAUGAAAGGCAAGUCAUCCAGUCCAGUACCGAAGACUUCGCCAUCGCGAAACCAAACAUCAGCCUCGAAGAUCGCGAAGACCUCGAAGACAUCUGCGACAGUCCCAAGCCGUACCACUGCCCCUCGUCCUCCUUCCUCCACUUCCUCCAAUGGUACGGCUCGUACACCCCGUACGCCCAAGACCCCACCAUCCGUGCGCAACAUAUUUGGACCAUCGAGCGGUAGCAAUAAAGCAAACAACGUUCUUACAGGCAGUCCCCUUCGUACAGUUGCACACGCGUCCCAACUACCAGACUCACCACUUGGCAGAAUCUCUUCUGCAAAGAAAGCCCAGCAAUCCAGCCCGAGUCCCAGCCCUAGUCCAUCGAGCCGAUCAACGCCUACACCUAUGAUAUACACCGAAGGGGCCAGUAUGGACAGUAUUGAUAUGGACAGUAUGGAUGCGAACGACGUAGAGUUUCUUUUGGGCGAGGGCGUUUCCCCGACCAAGCCCACUCCAGCUAUUCCGCGUCUUUUGAGGACACUACCCCCAGAUGAAGAAGAUGACGAACCACACACGCCUUCACGGUCUACAUUCCUUCCUGCCCGGUCCCAACUCUCUUACCUCUCACCAGCGCCACCUACAUCCGAGAGCUCACCUUUCCUUCGACCUAAAGCGCGACAAAUAGGCAAUGAACGAGGCUCGAUCUUGUCUUGGGAGCAAUUGGCUCUCCACAACAAAUCAUUGGGCACUGAAGACAUUGGGCAUAUGCUGUCCGACAUCCCUGCGCCCUUCCGGUCAGGUGCUAUUUCACCAGCUCUCAGCUCGCUACCCGAUAUUCCUGAAAGUCCUACUUUGAGCACGCUUCCAUCGCCGACAGGCUAUGGGUCGAUAUCUCAAGUUCUCCUGCCGGACGUAACACCUUCUCCUGCCCCUCACAAUUCUCAUCGGUUUGAGCAGAUGGCUGCAGGACCCGAAAUCGCAGCGGCGGACUCUGCCAUCGUCACGUUGAUGCGACUGCAACUCGCGUCAAUAGAGAAUAUAGCCAAAGAGCGUUUGAUGACCAUUCAAUCACUCGAAAACCAGUUGUAUUCGACGAAACAAGCUAGUAUACGAGAUGUGGAAGAGCUCUCGACGCAUGUUAGCGUCUUGGAGGAACAAGUACGGGCUAACUUGCAGGCAGAAGAGCAAAGGGCGGCCUACACCGCGCAACUGGAGGCUCAGUUGGCGGAUGUACGUACAUCUACUGAACAGGCCGUUUCUGAAGCCGAGCAGAAGGCAUGUGAAGAGGCGGCAGCUGCGCGGAAGGCUGCACUGGAUACGCAGAGGUUGAAGUGGGAGUUCUGCUCUGCUGCUGAACGUCAUGUUCAAAGUUGGAAGACGGCGAAGGACGAUAUCACUGCAGAGGUGGAGCAUUACAUCGACACACGCGAGACGUUGGAUGUACUCAGGCAACAAUUGGACUCCAUCUACCGACAGCAGGAGCUUAGACUCUGUUCUUCGUAAUACCCCGCAUGAACAAUCGUAUUCUAUUUGAAUAUUUGUAAUUAUCUGUAACACUAUUUCAUGCCCAAUAUCCAUCAUUCCUUUACAUACUUAUGUAUGGUAUUCCAAGUGUUGUGCGGGUAUGAAAGUAAUAUACAAGAUAGGUAUAAGUUAUUGAGGAUCCAAUGUCAGUCAUACUGUUCGGUUGCAACGAGACAAGCAUCCA